CUAUUGCUUAUUUGGCAAUAUCCAUUGUUGUCUACUACGCCACUUUCUAUCUGAAACGAAAGCGCUUCGAGAAACAAAAAGAUGAGGAAGAUGUUGAAAGAUGGAAUGAAGAUUCUUUCCUAGCUUCUAUAAAAUCUACAAGAUCUUCAAAAUCUCUCAAAACGGCAAAAAGUGAAAGGAUGAUGGCAGCGACACAAAGGGAUGAUGAUGAAAAGUCUUUCAAGGAUACCACCUCCACUUCCACGACCAUCCCUAAUAAUAGUGUUAAUGGACUUUUGAAAACGAGGCCUGCUCAUAUUAGUGCUCGCUUAAGUGAUGGAAAGUCGCCGAUAUUGCCAGACAAUGUUGUGCCUAAAGAAAAAAUGCCAAAGCAUCUUUACUUUGAUGAACUGGCAGAGGUAAAUGGAUAG